AUGUUUGAUCCGCUAGAUUUGUAUACUGCGGAGGAGGAAAAGCCUUUUAAGAUUAGUAGGCUCGUGGAGGAAAGACUUGGGGAAGCUUCUGUUAAUUGCCAAAAAUAUAACGAUCAAACUGAUGAGAAUGAGGAUGAGGAUUACGAAAGUAUACUUCUAGAUGUUCUGGACCUUCCCUCUAUUCAAAUAGCUACGCCGAAGGCUAUUCUGUGUGUUUUACUGCUUUUACAGCCUAGUAAUCAAGUGAACUUUGAAGUUGAAGCUUUGGAGCAGGAUAUCUCAGUGGAUCGAAUUUGCAGCGAAAAAUGUAUACCUUCUGAGUGUUUAAAGAGGCUUGUAGGCUACUAUAACGAAUUGUGGAAAAAUCAUCGCUUGAAUACAGCUUCCAAGGUGUGCAGUAGAAUACCUAUUUUGGCGCAAACGCAGGGCCCUUCGAUGCUCAAGUAUUAUACAUCGGUUUUGAAACAUUUUGAAAAUUCGGACUGCCCAUUGCGUGAUGAAAUCCUCAAGCAGGUGAGCUUGAGAAUCGCUGAGAAUUGUGGUCGUACCGCUCAACCUGCAAUGUCUAGAAAGUUCACAUUUGAAGGGCUACCGAGCCCGAUUGAGAUCUACGAACCCUCAUUGACCGCAGACAAUUUGGGUUGGAAAACCUGGGGAGCGUCUUUCAUUCUGUCUCAAAAACUCAUCAACGUGUUGGCUGAGUCUACGUUCAAUUUCAAGCCCAGAGUUCUUGAAUUAGGUUCCGGAACUGGGCUAGCUGGUAUAUCAUGGUUAUGCAAAUGGGUUCAGAAAUAUGGAAAUGGACAUACCGAGAUUUUCUUAACAGAUCUGCCGGUCAUCGUUGCAAAUUUACAAAAGAACGUCGAAGUAAACAAGGUUGAAUCUUUUGCAACGGUUAGCGCGCUAGAUUGGACAGAUCCGACCGAUUUUAUCAACUCCUACACAGAUGAUGAGUUUGACAUUUUGAUCGUAUCCGACCCAAUCUAUUCUCCAAACCAUCCAGAGUUAGUUGUCAAUAUGAUAAAGAAAUUUCUGUCGUCGCAAGGCCAAUGCUACUUAGAGAUCCCUUUGAGACCUAGGUAUGCUGCCGAGAGGAAACGAUUACGACAGCUACUGAGUGAUAACGGUUUCAAGAUCAUCAAAGAGGAGGUUGAUCAAGGCAUGGAAGAUUGGGGGAUGGUCGACUACUUGUUCCUUGAAAUUGUCAAAAAAUGCUAA